ACUCGCACGACUCUCACCAAAACACUGAAACUACUGCUCCAGGCUGAGGAUUUAACCCGCAAAGAUGAAUUCUUUGAUACCGAGCAUGUUGAGUGGUGGCAAGGCGGACUCUAUGGUGGAUCAGGCCGUGGACACUGCAGCAAGGGUGGCAAAGAACAAGGUGAAGGAGAUGCUCGGGGGGGAUGGAAAGGAGAAGGACGAGACCGGAGGCAUGGGAGACCUCUUCCCCUCAUCUGGUGAGGGAGAGAAGGAGAAAGAAGGCGGCGGACUGUUUGGGGGUCUCGUCUCCAGCGACAAAGACAGCGGGGGAGCUUCCAAGGACUCAGGAGACCUGACGGACAUGCUUGGAGACUUGGCCGGAGACAUGGCCGCCGACGCAGCCAAGGACAAAGCAAAGAAUGACAUGAUGUCUUUCGGGAAGAGCCUGUUUGGCUGAAGCCCCUGCCCGUCCUCCGUGGAGGCAUGGCACCACUCUGGCUCGUGUUGUGCAUUACUCCACGUGUGUGUGUGUGUGUGUGUGUGUGUGUGUGUGUGCGCAGACCUACUAAAAACAUGGACGCUGACAGAAGGAUGUGGCAGCCAGCUCACAACCAUCUCUUCUGCUAUCCAGUCAAGAAUUAUACUGCUGGUAUUUCAGCUUUAGCGUAUGCAUGUUAGUGGUCGUCUACCAUCUGGCUACCAUCAGUGGUAAUCUACGCCCAUGAAGGCAUACACUGUAUAUUAAUAUGGUAUGCAUUCAUUUCUGUGGUAAUUAUAGAUUAAACAGUAUGGACUGAUAAGAACAAUUAUGAAGAGAUAUGUUAUCAAUCACACAACUCCAAAUUAUUACUCAACAUGCACAAACUCUUAGUGUUUCUUUGGUGGCGGGCAUGCCAUCCCUGGUCUAAACUAUUUUUGAGCUCGCAGUGAUAUCAAGUGAUACUGUAUGAGGUAAUGGAUUCCUGCAUUUUUACAUGCCCUUAAAAAUGACAUUGAAGUAUCAUUGGUGUAUUCAAAUACACAGGAAUAUCUGUGUCAGUGACAAUAAAAGGUUAUAUUUACACUG